CUCUGUCUGACAACUUCAACCCUAAGAUCGAGCCAACGGCAACUGCCUAACUGAACAUUCCCAGCCAAUAAGCAGGCUACGAUUAACAAUUGGUUCUUGAUGACUCAGAUCUUUCUACCAGCGACUUCUGGAUCCUACCAAAAUGGACUCAAUCUGCGAGGCUGCUCACUACACCAUCAAGCAAACUCCAUCUCCUGUAAUUAUCAUGAUAUGACUACAAUGAUCAAGACUUUCCAAUUCAUACACGAUUUCGCAAAGCCAUGGCAGAUACCAAUAAUACACCCAAGUUGACUUCUCUCCCCUUCCCUCCUCUCACAGCCUCACACAUUUUGAACUGUUCAUUUCACUCAUGGCAUCCUCGCUAUCGGAAAAUCACCCCAAAAGCAAGGCUUGUCCCCCUUACUCAACCCUUUCUCGACUAUCUGAGUGCAGACGGCAUCAUUUUACCACCUGAAAAUGCCACUCUCGACCCUGAUGACAGUGGGUUUGAAGACGAAGGCGACGACAAUAUCGACCCUUCAGAACCCUGGGCCGAUGUCCACGAAUCAAUUCGCUCUACCAUAGAAGAAUUGGGAGGCAAAGUCGUCCCUAAACUGAAUUGGUCCGCGCCCAAGGACGCCACUUGGAUUUCAGCCACCAACGACAUGGAAUGUCGAACUCCGAACGACAUUUAUCCACUCUUAAAGUCCAGCGACUUCAUCACCCACGAUCUCGAACAUGCCUUUGACGGCUGUAUAGACCAAGCCCAUGUCCCGUACCAUCUCGUUCUACGCAAAUCCUUCAAUCUCAAUCCAGCCCUCGAAUUUCGAUGCUUUGUCCGCAACAAAAAACUCAUCGCUAUCAGCCAGCGAGAGAUGAACUAUUUCGAAUUCCUCUUUGAACUGAGAUCUUCAUUCAAAGAGCGGAUCCAGGAAUUCCUCGACCAAAUCUCCGAUUUCCCAGACGAUAAUUUCGUCGUCGAUGUCUAUAUCCCACCUCCACAUAACAAGGUCUGGCUCCUGGACAUCAACCCAUGGGCAGAACGGACUGAUCCACUAUUAUUCUCAUGGCUUGAGCUUUUGCAAUUGCAUGAGCCUCAACCAGAUCUCAUCUUCGAACCUGAGUUCCGACUUGUGAAGCGCGAUGAUCCAGAGGCAUAUCAGUUUGCAUCUACUAAAUACAGUGCCCAUAAAUUGCCAAAGGAAGUCGUUGAUGCCUCGAUGGCGCCAGGACAGAUGAAGAAUAUGAUGGAGGAGUGGAAAAAGGUCAUUGAUAGGCAGAUAGAGGAUUCUUCUGAAGAUGAAGAUGGGGGGGGUCGGUGAAGCCUAGUUGGCAUUUUCAAUACGAAGCAUCGACACCCACACUCUCUCUGGUGGGUCGAUGCAAGUAUACAUGUACGACAUGAAUGAAUAGAAUUUUGUACGCAUGCGACGCGGGACAUUAUAACGGUCAACAGUCCAAUUUUAAUCCUUAUCGAAAACAAAAUUUCAAUUGAAAGUCCUAAAAA